CUCAUCUUUUGCUUUUGCUUCUUGUUUCUCGUCCGACCUUUGAUAGGCAAAAUUCUUGUUCGUUGACCGAACCUAGCUUUGAUAGCUCCACCGCCCCCCCGACAGACUCGACCACUUGACAACUAUACAUAUAUCCACCACAGCUUUGAUAGCUUCUACUCGCCAUGUCCUCCCCCAUUCACAGCUUCCUCUUCUCCCCUCCCCCUUCCCCACCAUCCCGUGGCUCCGACCACGACUACAACCACGGCUUGACCUCCCUCAAAUCUCUCCUUCUCCCCGUCGAAUUCAUCCCCCGCUCUUCGUCUGAGAAGGGGCGUUCGAAGAGAACGCCUUCCCAGAGCCGGCUGGGGUUCGAGACCUUGUCUUUGCCCUCGCCGAGAGGGAUGUCGACCGACUUAGAGGCUACGCCCAAAGCUCGACGCCGCUCUGUCGCUUCCACCACCAUCACCCAUCAACCCAUCAAUGUCCCUUCUUCCCCCCAGGUCCCCUUCCCUUCCACCAUCCCGAAACCUUUCCUCCGCAUCCUUUUCCUCGCCUGCGUCGUCCUCUCCUCCGCUCUUAUCAUGUACGAGUUCCCGGCAAUGAGGCCGCACGGUAUCGCGAAAGGAAUAGCAUCGGAGGGAGGGAGGGGCUUUGUGGAGCUCAUAGACCCGCUUGGCGAAGAGGCCUACUACCAGCCUCCCCAGACUCAGGGCGCUAGGAUGCUUUGGGGGAAGAAGAGUGUGAGGGAGGAGAGUGUUGUCAUGGAGCAGCUCGCGCAAGAGGUUGUCGCUAUCGCCGCGCACCCUAAGGCUACCCGUCCUGCUCUGCGCGCCCGCCCCCUUCCUGAAUCCCACGAACUUCUUGCGCUCCAGUCGUACAUCCUCUCGUCUGCGUACAACGUCGUUCCCUCUUCCGUCGACCCUUCUCUUCCGCUGGAUGCGAACACCAUCUUGGGUAUCGGCUCGCACAAACUUGGCGCUUUGGGAGGUGAGAGGGAGACUGCGUGGUUGAAGGAUGUCGAGAGGGAGUGGGCGGAUGAGGUUGUAAUCUGGUACGGUGGUGAUGGCACAAGUCAAUACCCCCACUCGGUCCUUGACAUUAUCGAAUCCACCCACAAUUCCAACCGUCACCCAACCUUCAUCCCCGUCCACGCUCGAUCCGACCGCGAGACUAUCCUCGCGAUUUUCGCCCGUCUCGGUUUACCCCUUGCCCAAUCCCCUAUUAUCAUGAUCGACAACAAGCCUAUUAUUGGAGAUCUGGAGACUCUGGAGGAGAUGAAGCUCUCGGGUGAGCUUGGGAGGAGAUUGACGAGCGUAGGGUGGAAGCACGUUGAGAAGAGGGUCGGAACGAAGCCGAAGAUGGCUGUUAUCAAGAAGCAGCCGCCUACGGAUCAGGAGGAGGCCGAGGAGGCUUUGGUUGAAACUUAGAAGGGCGGUAUAGUAGUAUGGAGGCUGUACACGUACGGUAGUCAGAUGUAACGAAGCGCUGGUCGCAUUUCAGUUGGUCCCAAGUCGCCUGUUCUUAAAGUUUUAUAAUCCCCAUCUUUAUAUACAUUUCCCCAAUUGACACCUAUGAAUCCUAGAUGAUCUCCUGCAGCAA